AUGAGCAACACACAGAACCGAGGGGGCGCGAGGAAGAUCUCGUUCAAUGUCAGUGAGCAGUACGACAUCCAAGAUGUCGUUGGUGAGGGCGCCUAUGGAGUCGUGUGCUCCGCCGUCCACAAGCCCUCCGGACAGAAAGUCGCCAUCAAGAAAAUCACACCUUUUGACCACUCCAUGUUCUGCUUGCGAACACUACGUGAGAUGAAGCUGCUACGGUACUUCAACCACGAGAACAUUAUCUCGAUCUUAGACAUCCAGAAGCCCCGGAGUUACGACACUUUCAACGAGGUGUACCUCAUUCAGGAACUGAUGGAGACGGACAUGCACCGUGUCAUCCGUACCCAAGAGUUGUCGGACGACCACUGCCAAUACUUCAUUUACCAGACCCUGCGCGCUCUCAAGGCGAUGCACUCCGCAAAUGUGCUUCAUCGCGACCUGAAGCCGUCUAAUCUGCUUCUCAACGCGAACUGUGACCUCAAGGUCUGCGACUUUGGCCUGGCUCGCUCCGCUGCCUCGCAAGAAGACAACUCUGGUUUCAUGACAGAAUACGUCGCAACGCGCUGGUACCGUGCCCCUGAGAUUAUGUUGACUUUCAAGGAGUACACCAAGGCGAUCGACGUCUGGUCUGUGGGCUGUAUCUUGGCUGAGAUGCUAAGCGGCAAGCCUCUGUUUCCGGGCAAAGACUACCACCACCAGCUCACCCUCAUCCUGGACGUCUUGGGCACCCCAACGAUGGAGGAUUACUAUGGCAUCAAAUCCCGCCGUGCUCGUGAAUACAUCCGCUCACUGCCCUUUAAGAAGAAGGUGCCGUUCCGGACGCUCUUUCCCACCACAUCGGAUCUCGCCCUGGACCUGCUCGAGAAACUGCUCGCCUUCAACCCAGUCAAGAGGAUUACGGUCGAGGAGGCGCUUAAGCACCCGUACCUGGAACCGUACCACGACCCAGAUGAUGAGCCCACUGCCCCUCCUAUCCCGGAGGAGUUCUUUGAUUUCGACAAGCAAAAGGAUAACCUCAGCAAGGAGCAGCUGAAGCAGUUGAUCUUCCAAGAGAUCAUGAGGUAG